AUGGGAGAUCACCUAAAGAAUCCUCAUCUUGAAGAAGAAGAAGAAGCGGAAGAAGCGGAGGAGGCACUUUCUCUCUGCGAUCUUCCACUCAAACCCAACAACGAAGAUGAUGAAGAUAACAAAGCCGGCCUCGAAGAUCAGUACUCUUCCAAAUACACCCCACGAUCGCGCUCUGAGACGCCGGAUUUCUUCGAGUUCUUCAGCGACUUCAGUUCCGAGAUGUGUCCAGCCGACGACAUCUUCUUUUGCGGAAAACUCAUAGCCAUCAAAGAACAAUAUUUUCCUACUCCGGCCUCCCAUCAAAUUCCCAAAGCGUCCACAAAUACAGAAGAAAGCCAUACAAAUAAAACCACUUUUCGUCGACGAUCAGACUCGUUGUCCAAGCUACAAAGACCCGUAACUCGAUCAAACAGUGGUUCAAACCCGGAGCUCAGGAGGAACAGCCGCUCUUUGGAUUAUAAAAAACUGCACCGAAGUUCAAACUCUAUGAUCUCAACGGCACCGGAAAUAGAGAAAAGCUCAUCGGCGAAAAGCGUGCAGGGAAAGUCCGAUAUGGUGCUCAAAAAGGCUGGGAAGCCUCGGCGGUACCUUUUCAUGUUCGGGAUGGUGAAGUUUCCGCCUGAGAUGGAGCUUAGUGACAUAAAGAACCGACAGGUUCGGAAUAAUCCUCCGUCCACACUGUUUCCUCCACCGAUUGACGUUCACGGCAAGAUUCCGGUGAAUCAGAGCUCCAGUAAAGGUUCCUGGAGGUUGCUAAGAGCACUGAGCUGCAAGGACCAUGCUAGCGUCGCCGUAACGGCGUCUUUUUGCAUUCGACAUGCGUGA